GAAACACUAAAUAGUGUGUCAUUGUAGACAUGACCACCACUACUUUCAAAAUACCGUGACCAAGUUAAAACUACCACGUUAUUUUUCUCUCGUGAGGUCACAGAUAGACACUAUUUCUCCGCAUUUCUCCAGUGGAACCAGCACAUUAAAACGAUUAGUAAAAUUAUUUAGAGUAAUAUGCAGUUAUCAACGAUACCUCCUCGCUCUUAUGUCAUCACUAAGAGUCCUUCAGCGGCAAAACAGAUGACAUCAUCCACCCUCGACAGACUACUUUUCCUCCAUGGUGGCGGCGUGAUGGAGGUGUGCGGCUCUUCAAGUGUUACCCUGAGAGAGUUUGGCUGUGAGCAGAGCUUACUGUCUCGACCUGACGGCUCGGCGUCCUUCAUCCAAGGAGACACAAGUGUGUUGGCUGGAGUGUAUGGACCAGCGGAGGUUAAGGUCAGCAAGGAGAUCUAUGACCGGGCGACCCUGGAGGUGUUGAUACAGCCCAAAGUGGGACUGCCAAGUGUCAGGGAGCGAUCACAGGAGCAGUGUGUGCGAGAGACCUGCGAGGCAUCUCUGCUCUUGUCACUUCAUCCCCGCUCGUCCCUCACUCUCAUUCUUCAGGUGUUGCACGACGAUGGUUCACUCUUGUCCUGCUUCUUGAAUGCCGCCUGUAUGGCUCUCAUGGAUGCAGGCCUGCCUAUGAGUUGCCUGUUCUGCGGAGUGACCUGUGCCAUCGACACAGACGGUCAGAUCAUCACAGACCCCACUGCAGCUCAGGAGAAGGAAAGUCGAGCUUUGAUGACCUUUGCUAUUGACAGCACGGAGCGCCGAGUAUUGAUGUCGUCAACCAAAGGAUCAUUUUCAGUCCAUGAGCUGCAGCAGUGUAUAGCAGUCAGUCAGAAAGCAUCAGAGAAGAUCUUCCAGUUCUACAGGGACUCUGUCAGGCGGCGAUACUCCAAAACCCUCUGAUGAAGAAGCAGCUUUCUUUUUUUCUAGUUUUUUUUUUUUUUAAAUACUGAUGUUGUAAUAAAAUAUUCAAAACCACUUUGGGCUACCUUCGCUUCAGUUCAGCUGUAGUCAGAAGAUGGUGGGAGUUUAAAUGAGGACAUUUGAAAGAAGACCAGGUUGAAAAGAGGAAAGACGAAUGUCAAACAAGUGCAUUUAUUGGGAUUCAUUGAUUUUCCUUCAGUUUAAUAGUCACAUGUAAUACAAGAAUGUGAACUGGGAAAGAAUCAAAUAUCUCUCCUGCUAAUAAAUCUCAUUUGCCACAACCUUUGACCUUUAUCGACUCACGAGUUGUCCACUCCGCUGCGUCCGUCCAGUCGUUAUCUGUUACAAGUGAGACAAAGUGAGACAAAUCUGACCAGACCCUGUUUCGUGCCGGCGUGAUCCGUCAAGGCAAUCCACGUUAAAUGCUCCCGUAUAAAUCACUAAUUGUGGCAACUCGGCUGUAACAACAAAAGGGUAAUUUUCUUUUCAUUGACGUAAAUGUCCAGUGGAGACGGAGGGUGGUUUCAGGAUUGUCAGGACUGUACGACACCGUGUGUGGACUCGGUCAGUGCAGCUGUAUCACAGCACAUCAACAGUGAUAGCAGACGAGGGCCAGACACCGAGAUAUCACAGGUGUGUCUACACAUGUCACUUAUAGUGAUCGUAAUCUAUCGGCUCAGUCGUGAUACAACACUGGGUUUGCAGAAAACAAAGCCAUGAUUUGAACUAUUUGUAGUUCAGCUGUGGACUCUAUAAAAACUAUACAUCUACAUAGAAAAUGUCAACUUUUUCCUUACAGCCAUUUUUUAAAACAUUUAUUUGGAGUUCCCCCUUUUCUUUUUUUUAAUUAAUGGCACACUUAAGUUCAACCCAAUACGGCCAGAGUUUUUUCCCCUCAUAUCAAAGCUGCUCUUGCAGUGAUUCAGGACCUAAUGAAGGAAGAGACUGAAGCUCGUAGCAGGUUUGUACACGUCAAACUACAAACUCGCCAUGCAGGUUUCUAAUGUGACCCAAAUGGAAACUUUCCUACCUCAUGCACCACGUGGCUGAGCGCUGUCUUACACGUCUGCUCAUCUGAACAAAGUGUUACUUUAUCUACGCAAGUUAAAGUAGAGAACUUUGUUUUAAGUUUGUCAGACUGCAAGAAGCAACUUCCUGAAGGAUUCCUGUCCUUUUUUUUUUUUUUUUUAAGGGGGAGGAAAUAGCAGAAUCUAUAUUUGGGGGAAUUAUAUUUUGGGGUGUGGAGUAGCAGCCUGGUUGCUUCUAUUAAUGGAAUAGCUCAUAAAAGGAUCAUCCGCAGAGUUUCUUCCAUAUUUUUGGCACCUAUCCUCGCAGGUCUAUCUUAUCAUUUCCUAUGUAUAUGCAGUGUACUGUACGAAGCAGUUCCUUUUAUUUCUAUAUCUCAAGCCAGUGUUCACAUCGCCACCUUGCACUUCAUUUUAAAACUCUUUAUAUUUAUUUUCUUAUAUAAUGGCACAAUAUGUAUUUUUUUAUUUAGCUUUUACGUGUAUUUCAACAUAAAGAUACUUGUUCAACUUAUAGCAUAAACAAAGCAGAAUCAGUCCUCUCUGCAGGGACACGGUGAAUGAUGCUGAAUGUGAGAUCAGGUUGGGUUGAUCGAUGUGCAUGUGCAGUGUUUCCCUGCGGGUCCCUCGCUCCGACCAGAGGCGUCGGAAUGAAUUCUGGGUUCUCUCAAAGAAUAUUGCUUCUGGCCCGUCAUAUGUUUUAAAAAUAAAGCUCUGGGGCUCUGAAACCGCCACCAGCGACAGUGCUGGCUCAGGCCCCUCCAACAGCAAGGUCCAUCAGGAUUUAGCCGCUGCCACGUCCUUGCUGUGACCUUCUCAUAAAUCUGCAGACUCCAUCGCCGCUUGCUGCCCCACUUCCCCCUGUCUUUUCUCCCUCCGCUUCUCAUUAUUCCUCCAUUGUUUUUGUGACAGUGAUAUCUACAGUGAUAACAUCUGCAUUUGUUGUCACAGUUUUUUUUUUUUUUUUUUUUACUUCAGUAAUGCUUCACAUGUGGUGAUGACGACAGCCCGGAUUUAAGGGAUAACAGGUCACUUAAGACCGCAGGUGACAAAAAUAAUUAA